AUGGAAGCAAAAUUAGCUUUCUUGUGUGUUCUUGUUUCAUUGUUUUCUGUAACCCAUUCAGAAGACGUGAAACUUGAUGUAAAAGUGAUAACAUCAAUAGCAAAUACAGAUGAAAAUUUCAUUUGUGCAACUUUGGAUUGGUGGCCUUCUGAUAAAUGUGAUUACGGUCAAUGUCCUUGGGGACAAGCGGGCAUUCUCAAUCUGGAUUUGAAUAACAAGAUUAUGAUAAAUGCUAUAAAGGCAUUUAACUCCUUGAGAAUCAGAUUAGGAGGUUCAUUAGAAGAUCAAGUGGUGUAUAGAUUUAGACAUCCAAAAAAUUGCAUAGGAUUCACAAAGAAUCCAGGUGGCUUGUUUGGAUUUAGCUCUGGAUGCCUUAAUCAUACUAGAUGGGAUCAAAUCAAUGACUUUUUCAACAAAACCGGAGUCAAACUCACAUUUGGGUUGAAUGCUCUCCAUGGAAAGAGGAGAUCCGUGGAGGACAAAAUUCUUUGGCUAGGUAAUUGGAACCCACAUAAUGCUGCUACCCUUAUGACUUACACUAUUUCAAAAGGAUACAAAAUAGAUUCAUAUGAAUUAGGAAAUGAGCUAUGUAGUGAUGGUAUCGGUGCAAGAAUAGAAAGUGUGCAAUAUGCAAAAGAUAUCACUGAACUCAGAAAAUUAGUGAAUAUGUUUUACCCAGAACCUGAUACAAGACCCCAAGUGCUAGCCCCAGGUGGUUUUUACAAGAAAGAGUGGUUUGAUAGCUUCUUACAGAAUACCGCACCUAAUGUUAUUGAUGGAGUCACCCAUCAUAUUUACAAUCUGGGUGCUGGUGUGGAUAAGACUUUGAUUAAUAAGGUGCAAGACCCAUUUUUCCUAAGUCAGGUUGCUCAAACAUUCAAGGACAUAUCAACAAGUGUGAAAGAGUAUGCACCAUGGGCCCAAGCAUGGGUUGGGGAAUCUGGAGGAGCUUAUAAUAGUGGAGGCAAAGAUGUGUCACAUACCUUUGCUAAUGGCUUCUGGUAUUUGGAUCAACUCGGAAUGACAUCAACCUUUAACCACAAGGUUUAUUGUAGACAAACACUAGUUGGGGGAAAUUAUGGUCUGCUCAACACUACAUCAUUCAUCCCUAACCCAGAUUAUUAUGGAGCCUUGUUAUGGCAUCGGCUUAUGGGAACCAAAGUACUCUCUGUUAAUAAUGAGGGCUCUCCAUACUUGCGUGCAUAUGCUCAUUGUUCUAAGAAUAAGGCUGCUGUGAGCUUGCUAUUGAUAAACAUGUCAAAUUCUACUUCCUUUAAAGUUAGUGUUAACAUGGACAUGAAUUUGUACCCAAAUCAACAAGUUUCAGACUCAAAUAUGAGAGAGGAGUACCAUUUGACUCCCAAGGAUGGGAAUAUUCAAAGCGACGUCGUGUUGCUGAAUGGGAAAGUUUUGAGCUUGACUGAGUCUCAGGAUAUUCCUUCCAUGGAGCCAAUGCUUCUGGAUCCUUCUUCUCCAAUUAAUGUUGCUGCUGAUUCCAUUGUCUUUGCUCGUCUCAACAACCUUAAUGCACCUGCCUGUGUUUAG